AUGCCCCCUGCUCCCAAUCACGAACACCAGACCACAAUGAUAGUCUGCGGCGGCCUGCGCUCCUUCCGCGUCCGUCUCCCUGCGGCUCCAGAACAUGACUUCCCCGACAUUCCAGGACUUUCGAAGAUGGACCAGUAUCUCAUCAUCGCCCAGCGUCAGAGGGUCGAUGACCGCCUCAGGGCGGUCGAGGAGACGCAGCGGGGUAUACUUGAGCGCCUGAGUCGGCUUGAGCGCAGUCUUGAGCGCAGUCUUGAAAGCAAUUUUGGCGAGGGACUGUCGAGGGCCACAAACACGGCCACAAACACGGCCAACGGCGUCGCUGAGGCGAGCGCGGCAGGCGCGGAGAACCCGGAUGCGCAGGCCGGCAGCACACAAACCACGACAGAGUCGAGUCGCGAGCACAACGCCCAGGAGAUCCGUACAGAACGCAAAUAA